AUGGCAACGAAUAUAGAUGAACGAUCAGAUCCAUUUGCUGAUCUUGAAUAUCGUGUAACAAAUCCAAAAGUGAGUCAAGAUGUUAUUAAUCGAAAUUCUGGAAUUAAUAUAUUGAGUAAACAACCUAUAUCAAAAGCAGUACAACUUAAAGCUGAAAAUUAUGAUUUAUGGUUUCAAAAUGAACGUUUAAUGGAAGAAAACGGUGCAUUAGGUAUUGAAUUGGGUAAAUUACAAGAUAAACAUGAUAAAUUAAUGUAUUUGGCACGUAAUCGUCUUGGUGAAAUACGAUCGAAAUAUCAACGACUUGAACAAGAUAAUCAAACAUUAAAAACAGAAUUAGAUCGUUUAGCACGUGAAUAUGAAACAACAAGAAAAAUUGUUGAAGAUUAUCGUCGUAUGGAAGAGCGUUUUAAAACAGCAGAUCGUGAAAUGCGUUUAAUGAUUGAUACAUUAACACGUAAUAAUGAAGACUUAAAAGGACAAAAUCAAGCAUUAAUAAAUGAACUUGAAUUACUAAAAGAAAAAUAUUAUAUAGCUAAACAAAAUUUAGAAAAGUCUAUGCGAGAUGCUGCAUUGCUUAAAGAAGAAUUAACUAAAGCUGUUUAUGCACGUGAUUCACUUGAAAAAGAAACAGCACGAUUGAAUGGUAAAGUAAAUGAACUAGCUGCUGGAAAAAAGGCCGCGGAAGAAAAAGUUGAAUUUUUAAACGGUCGAACAAAUAACUUACAAGUGGAUUUAAGACGUUCAGAAGCAAAUGCUGCUAUGUUACAAGAACGUUUUACAUUAGUUAAAACUGAACGUGAUGCAUUAGAUACGGAUAGUAAGAAUAAAUUAGCAUUAUUAAUACAAAAAUUAAAAGAACUUCAGAUACAAAAUAAAACUGCUAUGGAACAAUUACAUGGCCAAAGUAAACAAUGUGAUCAUUUAAAUAGUGAAAAUAAACAAUUACUUGAAUAUGUUAAUGGAUAUCGUAAGGAGAAUGAUCUUCUUGCUAAACAACUGGUUUCUGUAAAUACAAAACAAAAACGUUUAGCACUUGAACUUGAAAAAUUGAAAUCUGUUGAUGCAUUCAUGAAAAAUGAAGAAGCUAUGAAAAUGCAAGAUGCUUUAAUGGGUUUAACUGAUCAAUUAACACAAUUACGUAAAAUGCAUGCUAAUACACUUGCUGAAAAUCAACGUAUUAAAGAAUUAUUAAUUGAAAAAGAUUCUGUUUUAACAAAUUUGGGUUAUGAACGCCAUCAAUUACAAGAUAAAAUGAUUAAAAAUGAACAUACAAUUCGGCAAAUGGAACGCAUGUUAGAUGGUAACGGCGGAAGUAAAAGAUCACCGAUGGAGCCAUUGAAUAGUACGGGACAGACUAAUGCAACAAGUGCAUAUACAUUCGAAAAUGUCCUUGAAUCUUGA